UUUGAGGUUGGGAACUAGUGAUCAAGAGCAAAAUGGCGGCCGGACAAGUAGCGAAAAAGGCGGCAGAUAAAGACAAAUUGUCUCCCGAAACUAUCCUACAGCUGUUUAACCAGCUAAGGCAAGAAUACACGAACAUUAUAACGAAAGUUCACGAGUUGGAGAUGGAUCAAAGCGAGCACAGUAUUGUGAUAGAAGCCCUAAAGGAGGUUGAUGCAUCACGCAAAUGCUUCCGAAUGAUUGGUGGAGUUCUGGUCGAGAGGACAGUUGGAGAUGUACUACCCGCACUAGACAAUAACAGAAGUCAGCUUGGUGCAGUGAUUGACAGACUAAAGCAACAACUUGUCGCCAAGGAGAAAGAGAUGACAUUGUUUAAAGAGAAGCAUAAUCUAAGAGUAAAGGGUGAAGAGAGGGAUGGUCCAGCUUCACAGAGCACAGAUAAAGCUAGCUCAGGAGUAUUAGUACCAGGCCCUUCUUCAGCCUAGAACUAUGGAUAGAACCAAGCCUAUAGAAUUCAAGAAGUGCUAUCUACGAGUGUCACAGAGUUCUCCUGAUUGAAUUGAGAUCUCCAUUCAAAAUCAGGCUAGAAUUGUAUAGAAUCCCGCACUAGAGCAUUUUUCAAAUUGAAACACCAGGAAAAUAAAAAUUUCUUGUUUGCUGGU